CCCGGCCGCCGCCGCUCCCGCGGAGGCUGCUCCCGCCGCCACUGCCGCCGGUGCUGCUCUGAAAUCUGAGACUGGGAGCCGCCUGGAGAGAAGAAUCCUUCAUCAUUUCUGAGAUCAGAAUAAACGCUUGAUUUUGCCCCGAAAUAAUGAAGAGAUUUUCAAUGAGUGCCUUGACCAAGCCGUCUCUGUUGUAUAUUGCAUUGAUAAAAAGGAUGUUAUUGACUAUGCAACAGUAGGCUUCUUUCCUCUCUCUCUCUCUUUCCAAAUAAACUCUCGGUCCUGUCUUUUGGUCAGUGAAAAGGUGAAACGAAUAAGAUUAAAUAGGACAAAAAAAGCAAGCUUGGUAUGUAUAUCAUCUAGAUUUUACUUCCCAGGCUGUGAAGAGGCGCAGAGUAAAAGAGGCAGAGCAAGGCACGGAGAGAGAGAGGGGGGAGAGAGAGAGAGAGAGAGACAGAGACACAGACACAGACAGAGGCAGAAAGCCUGAGAGAAGGUGGACGGACCCAGCAGCCGCAGCCUGGCUCCUCCCGGACCGGGCACCCUGCCGACGGCCCCGACUCCCCGGGCCACCCCAGAGCUGUCAGACUCCACCGGAAACCAUCUAGACCUUCAUCCACAGGAAGGUUUUAUGAAAUAUUUUUCCCUUCAAAAUCUUCCUUUAGAGUUGCAGAGACCCACCAGCAGCACAAAUGAAGGGAGUCGGUUUUGGCCAGGACCUGAAGGUUAUUCUAAACCACCUCACAUCGUUGCCAAGGGAAGGAACACUCUGGCUUUCGAGAAGAAGUGCGUGGCUUCCAGUCCAAAAAACGUGGUGGCAUUGUUCGCCACUGUUCAUUGUCUCAGGGUCCUUGGAGAUUACAACACGGGAACUGACUGGAGACACUUCACUGUCCUGUCAAGGCCAAGUUGGAAGCAGUGCUUAACCCUAGAGGAAGAAUUCAUCACUUAUGUCACUCCAACUGAACCUGUGACCUCAUAUCAUCAUGUAUCCUGUUCUGAGCUUGACCUGGCCAGGGCUGGCCUCGCACUUGAUGAAAGGCACCACCAUACAGCAUCACCAAAGCAGUUCCUCCCAGUACCAUCCUUCCAGCUGGGGCCAAGUGACCACUGGGAUUCAGUAAGGCUUUCCUGUAGAAACAGGAUAGCCUUUAUUUGGAGGUGGAGGACAGCAGGAUCAAUUGCCUUAACUUCAGUUGUUAUGCAGAGAAAUAAUUGCCAUCCCAGAAAGGUAAAUGCACACCUAAUUUACAGGAGACUGCAGUUUGUUCCAGAGGUACACAAGCUUGAAAGGGUCUAAGACACUACGCAUCUGAGGACCUCUGGAGAAGGUCCAGAGGAGUGGAGCAAGAACAAGGUCAGGGAAAUAUGAUUCAUGAAGAAACCCUGAACUGAGGCUGUUCAGCUCCUAGAAAUGAAGGCUGCCAACAGACGUGGUCACAGUGUUCCCCUGCUGAAAAUCCUGGUACAAAAGAGCAAACAAAUUCGUCCUCUGUAAACACAGAGAGUAGAAAAAAUUAAUUGUAGGCUUGAGCUGCAGAAAGGUGGAAUUAGGCUGGAUGUAGAAGCUUUUUUUCAGAGGUGGUUAUGGGAAGAUACUACAACUAUGACAGAGUGAGAUAUAAAGGGAGAUUAGACAGAAAUAGUUUUUCUACUUUGGGGAUGCAUUUGAAGUGUUUAUACACCCUUUGACUCUAUUGUCUCCUAAGAACUCUUUCCAUUUCUCUUACCAGUAACUCACUGCAUUUCUUCUCAUUCUAAC